AUGACGAAGAAGCAGCGGAGGGAGGCGCGGGCGAAGCGACGGCGAGACCGCCACCACCAUCACCGCCGGCAGCUGUGGGACGAGCGCUGUGUUUCCUGCACCACGUUUAACAUCCUCGCGCCGAUCUACAAGCGCAUGGACAACGAGAAUUGCAGGGAGAGCCAGUACAGGGCCUACUGGUUCAGCCGCAACGAGAAGAUCAUUGACCGCCUUCUCGCUGAUCACUCCUCCAUCAUCUGCCUCCAGGAGGUGUGGUUGGGGAACGACGAGCUGGUCGACAUGUACCAGAAGCGUCUGGGGGAUGCCAAUUAUAUGCUCUUCAAGCUUGCGCGCACCAACAAUCGUGGAGACGGUCUUCUUACUGCUGUACAUAGCAACUACUUCAAUGUUUUGAAUUAUAGGGAACUGCUCUUCAAUGACAUCGGUGAUCGAGUAGCUCAGCUGUUGCAUGUGGAAUCAGCAAUGCCGUUCUUGCAAAAUCGAAGCUCCAGCUGUGUCCACCAGCAGAGUCUCAUUGUCAACACUCAUUUGUUGUUCCCUCAUGAUCACAGCCUUUCAAUAGUUCGCUUGAGACAGGUAUAUAAAAUCCUUCAGUAUAUUGAGGCUUACCAGGAAGAGCAUAAACUUGGUCCAAUGCCAAUCAUCCUUUGUGGGGAUUGGAAUGGAAGUAAACGUGGCCAAGUUUACAAGUUCCUUCGCUCGCAAGGGUUUGUUUCAUCAUAUGACGCUGCUCAUCAAUACAGUGACAGCGAAGAAGAUGCACAUAAGUGGGUCAGUCACCGAAACCAUCGAGGGAACGUCUGCGGAGUUGAUUUCAUAUGGCUUUUGAAUCCUGAUAAGUGCAGGAAGCCCCUGAAGACAAGCUGGAACGAAGCUGUUUUUGGUAUCAUCAAGUACCUGCUCCAAGUUGCAUUCCUUUCUGAGGAGAAUGCAUUUGCACUCCUGAAGGCAGACAGCCUUUAUGAUCACAUCACGUAUUCAAGUUUCUACCAGGCACUGUGUCAGUUAGGAAUGGUCCAUCCUGAUCGACUAAAUUCAGAAGAAAUUGAAAAGCUAUGGAGUGAAGCUGACCGUGAUGGCGAUGGUGUUAUUGACUACAAAGAAUUUCAGUGCAUCUGGAGCCCAAACUGCUGUAGUCAAGAGGAGGAUGAUACUGAAAUCGAUAUCACUGAUGAAAGUCUGGAGACUUUUGAGGCAAACAACGAAGCCUUUGGCUUCACCGUGAAGGAAGCUGUUCUCUUUCCCCCAGAAGUAGAGAAGGGCAUGUGGCCCGAAAACUACAGUCUCUCGGAUCAUGCCCCCCUCACUGUGGUAUUCUCCCCUACUAGAAUGCCUUGCUCUCCACGCAUUCCUGGGGAACUCUAG